GAAGAUGUUGGCUAUUUGGCGAUAGAAGUGGUGAAAACUGACCUCACACCGGUAGACGAGCACUACGGGACCUGAUCCUCUUGCUGCACGGGCAGCCGGCCCCCACUGAGCAUGUUGGGAAGCCAUGGAGUCCACUGGAAAACACUAGUCUGAUCUUGGAAGUGGCUGAUUGUGGCAGGAUGUGUCGACGAUGAUGAUGGCCAGAAAGCAAGAUGUCCGUGUUCCCACCUACAACAUCAGCGUGGUGGGGCUGUCUGGGACCGAGAAGGAGAAGGGCCAGUGCGGCAUCGGGAAGUCCUGUCUGUGCAACCGCUUCGUGCGCCCGAGCGCCGACGAGUUCCACUUGGACCACACCUCUGUCCUCAGCACCAGUGACUUUGGCGGGCGGGUGGUCAAUAAUGACCACUUCCUCUACUGGGGAGAAGUCAGCCGAUCCCUGGAGGAUUGCGUGGAAUGUAAGAUGCACAUCGUGGAGCAGACUGAGUUCAUUGACGAUCAGACCUUUCAGCCGCAUCGAAGCACGGCCCUGCAGCCCUACAUCAAGAGAGCUGCCGCGACCAAGCUCGCGUCGGCUGAGAAACUCAUGUACUUUUGCACUGACCAGCUGGGGCUGGAGCAGGACUUUGAGCAGAAACAAAUGCCAGAUGGAAAGCUGCUGAUCGAUGGUUUUCUUCUCGGCAUUGACGUUAGCAGGGGCAUGAAUAGGAACUUUGAUGACCAGCUCAAGUUUGUCUCAAAUCUCUACAAUCAGCUUGCAAAAACAAAAAAGCCCAUCGUGGUGGUCCUGACUAAGUGUGAUGAGGGCGUCGAGCGGUACAUUAGAGAUGCACAUACUUUUGCCUUAAGCAAAAAGAACCUCCAGGUUGUGGAGACCUCAGCAAGAUCCAACGUCAACGUGGACUUGGCUUUCAGCACCUUAGUGCAACUCAUUGAUAAAAGUCGGGGAAAGACGAAAAUCAUCCCUUACUUUGAAGCUCUCAAGCAGCAGAGUCAGCAGAUAGCUACGGCAAAAGACAAGUACGAGUGGCUGGUGAGUCGCAUUGUGAAAAACCACAACGAGAACUGGCUGAGUGUCAGCCGAAAGAUGCAGGCCUCCCCUGAGUACCAGGACUACGUCUACCUGGAAGGGACCCAGAAAGCCAAGAAGCUGUUUCUCCAGCACAUCCACCGCCUCAAACACGAGCACAUCGAGCGCAGGAGGAAGCUGUACCUGGCAGCUCUGCCGUUGGCUUUCGAAGCUCUUAUACCCAAUCUGGAUGAAAUAGACCACCUGAGCUGCGGAAAAGCCAAAAAGCUCUUGGAGACCAAGCCGGAGUUCCUGAAGUGGUUCGUCGUGCUCGAGGAGACCCCGUGGGAUGCCACCAGCCACAUCGACAACAUGGACAACGAGCGGAUUCCCUUCGACUUGAUGGACACUGUCCCCGCAGAGCAGCUGUAUGAGGCCCACUUAGAGAAGCUGCGGAACGAGAGGAAAAGAGCUGAGAUGAGGAGGGCGUUUAAAGAAAACCUGGAGACCUCGCCUUUCAUAACUCCUGGCAAGCCCUGGGAAGAGGCCCGCAGUUUCAUCAUGAAUGAAGAUUUCUACCAGUGGCUGGAAGAAUCUGUAUACAUGGAUAUCUAUGGCAAACACCAAAAGCAAAUUAUAGACAGGGCAAAGGAGGAGUUUCAGGAGCUGCUUUUGGAAUAUUCAGAAUUGUUCUAUGAGCUGGAGCUGGACGCUAAGCCCAGCAAGGAGAAGAUGGGUGUUAUUCAGGAUGUCCUGGGGGAAGAACAGCGGUUUAAAGCGCUGCAGAAGCUCCAGGCGGAGCGCGAUGCCCUCAUCCUGAAGCACAUCCACUUCGUGUACCACCCAACAAAGGAGACGUGCCCCAGCUGCCCAGCCUGCGUGGACGCUAAGAUCGAGCACUUGGUUAGUUCCCGGUUUAUCCGACCAUCUGACCGGAAUCAGAAAAAUUCACUCUCUGACCCCAACAUCGAUAGAAUCAACUUGGUUAUCCUGGGCAAAGAUGGCCUUGCCCGAGAGUUGGCCAAUGAGAUUCGAGCUCUUUGUACAAACGAUGACAAGUACGUGAUAGAUGGUAAAAUGUAUGAGCUUUCCCUGAGGCCGAUAGAAGGGAACGUCAGGCUUCCCGUGAACUCUUUCCAGACGCCCACGUUUCAGCCCCACGGAUGUCUCUGCCUCUACAAUUCGAAGGAGUCGCUGUCCUACGUGGUGGAGAGCAUCGAGAAGAGUAGAGAGUCCACACUCGGCAGGCGAGAUAAUCACUUAGUCCAUCUCCCCCUGACGCUAAUUCUGGUGAACAAGAGAGGAGACACCAGCGGAGAGACGCUGCAUAGCUUAAUCCAGCAAGGCCAGCAGAUCGCCAGCAAACUCCAGUGUGUCUUCCUGGACCCUGCCUCUGCCGGCAUCGGUUAUGGACGCAACAUUAACGAAAAGCAGAUCAGUCAAGUGUUGAAAGGACUCCUGGACUCUAAGCGUAACUUAAACCUGGUCAGUUCUACCGCUAGCAUCAAAGAUCUGGCUGACGUUGACCUGCGAAUUGUCAUGUGUCUGAUGUGCGGAGACCCUUUUAGUGCAGACGACAUCCUCUUUCCCGUCCUUCAGUCCCAAACCUGUAAAUCUUCCCAUUGCGGAAGCAACAACUCUGUUUUACUUGAACUACCAAUCGGGCUACACAAGAAGCGCAUUGAACUGUCUAUUCUUUCAUACCAUUCCUCGUUUAGCAUCAGAAAAAGCCGGUUGGUCCAUGGGUACAUUGUUUUUUAUUCAGCCAAACGUAAGGCCUCCUUGGCUAUGUUACGUGCCUUUCUUUGUGAAGUGCAGGAUAUUGUCCCCAUUCAGCUGGUCGCACUCACUGACGGCGCUGUAGAUGUCCUGGACAAUGACUUAAGUCGGGAGCAGCUGACCGAGGGGGAGGAGAUCGCUCAAGAGAUAGAUGGCAGGUUCACAAGCAUCCCCUGCAGCCAAGCCCAGCACAAACUCGAGAUCUUCCACCCAUUUUUUAAGGAUGUGGUGGAGAAAAAGAACAUAAUCGAGGCGACGCACAUGUACGAUAACGCUGCCGAGGCCUGCAGCACCACGGAGGAGGUGUUCAACUCCCCCCGGGCGGGCUCUCCGCUCUGCAACUCCAACCUGCAGGAUUCGGAAGAGGACAUCGAGCCCCCUUCCUACAGCCUGUUUCGAGAAGACACGUCGCUGCCCUCUCUGUCCAAAGACCAUUCCAAGCUGUGUAUGGAGCUGGAGGGGAACGAUGGGCUGUCUUUCAUCAUGAGCAAUUUUGAGAGUAAACUCAACAACAAAGUACCUCCGCCAGUCAAACCAAAGCCUCCUCUCCAUUUUGAUAUUACAAAGGGGGAUCUGUCUUACUUAGAUCAAGGCCACAGAGAUGGGCAGAGGAAGUCUGUGUCUUCUAGUACCUGGCUACCUCCGGACGCGUUCGAUCCUUCCGAUUACGCCGAACCCAUGGAUGCAGUGGCCAAGCCGAGAAAUGAGGAAGAAAACAUAUACUCGGUGCCCCACGACAGCACCCAAGGCAAGAUCAUCACCAUCCGGAACAUCAACAAAGCCCAGUCCAACGGCAGUGGGAACGGUUCCGACAGUGAGAUGGACACCAGCUCCCUAGAGCGAGGCCGCAAGGUAUCCAUCGUGAGCAAGCCAGUGCUGUACAGGACGAGAUGCAGCCGGCUGGGGAGGUUCGCUAGCUACCGAACCAGCUUCAGCGUGGGGAGCGAUGAUGAGCUGGGGCCCAUCCGGAAGAAAGAGGAGGAUCAGGCGUCCCAAGGUUAUAAAGGGGACAAUGCCGUCAUCCCGUAUGAGACAGACGAAGACCCGAGGAGGAGGAACAUCCUGCGCAGUCUGCGAAGGAACACCAAGAAACCAAAGCCCAAACCCCGGCCGUCCAUCACGAAGGCAACCUGGGAGAGUAACUAUUUUGGGGUCCCCUUAACGACCGUCGUGACUCCAGAGAAGCCAAUCCCUAUUUUUAUUGAGAGGUGUAUUGAGUACAUUGAAGCCACAGGACUGAGCACCGAAGGCAUCUACCGCGUCAGCGGGAACAAGUCGGAGAUGGAGAGCCUGCAGAGGCAGUUCGAUCAAGACCACAACCUGGACCUGGCGGAGAAGGACUUCACAGUGAACACGGUGGCUGGGGCCAUGAAGAGCUUUUUCUCGGAACUGCCUGACCCCCUGGUCCCGUACAGCAUGCAGACUGACCUGGUGGAGGCUCACAAAAUCAACGACCGAGAGCAGAAGUUGCACGCCCUUAAGGAAGUACUCAAGAAAUUUCCGAAGGAAAACCACGAAGUCUUCAAAUAUGUCAUCUCGCACCUGAACAAAGUCAGCCACAACAACAAGGUGAACCUCAUGACCAGUGAGAACCUCUCCAUCUGCUUCUGGCCCACCCUGAUGCGGCCGGACUUCAGCACCAUGGACGCGCUCACGGCCACGCGCACCUACCAGACGAUCAUUGAGCUCUUCAUCCAGCAGUGCCCCUUCUUCUUCUACAACCGGCCCAUCAGCGAGCCCCCCGGCGCCACGCCCAGCUCCCCCUCCGCCCUGGCCUCCAGCGUGCCCUUCCUCACCUCCACACCGGUCACCGGUCAGCCGUCGCCCCCACAGUCGCCUCCACCCACCCCUCAGUCCCCGAUGCAGCCCCUGCUCCCCUCCCAGCUUCAAGCCGAGCACACGCUGUGAGUCACCAAGGCCUGGGGCAAAAAGAGGCUCGAUUUUCUCAGUCGGGGUGGCGUUUGGUCUUGAACACAACCAGGUCCACUGGGGCAGGGGUGGGGAGGCUGUCCCCUCCCCCUCUGUCACCUUCUCAAGAUCUCAGCUGCAGCACCAGCCAGCGUCCACCAUAGGCUGGGCCCGCGGCGCCCCGAGCCCAGCGCCGCAGACCUGGGGCUGACUGCGGGCAGCGGCUGGGGGCCCUGCCCUUGGACACGGACCCCUUCGAAGACUGACUGGCCAGGCGGCGGCCCCGGUGGCCGUCCACAUGCUCGCUGUUCCGGGACUGCCUGCCCACGCACACCAGCUUCGGCGUCACCCACUGCCUGACAGAGCCCUGGCCUUUGCCAGGGGGAGGAGGUGGUUUUGAUUCGGGCCACCCCUGGCAACCUCCGAGGAGACACUUCUCAUCUGGCUCACCUGUCUCCCUACCUUCCACAUCUGUUCCCACCCCCGUCGGCGGGGCGCCUGUCCAGCAGCCUCCUGGGGAACAGAGGCCACGGCGCUGCCGCCCCAAGGCACAGUGCCGAGGGCGUCUGCCCGGCCGCCCAGAACAGCUGGAGGGAGCUUUGUGCCUGGACCGAGAGAGUGUGACUCGUCCCUCCAGCCCCCGUGCUCCCUGUCCGCUGCAUAGGCUUCGGGGACAGUUCCCUUCAUGACAGAGGGACACUGGGAGAAAAGGAGGAAAACCUGUCCAGUAACUUGGAAAAACAAAAAGGAAGAAACUACAGACCUCAAGACUCAGCUCCCCCGCUUCUCAGGCCGACGGGCGCAAGGGGGCCCUGGUCUUUGUGACAGCAAAACCAGGAGGCCUGGCGGGCGGCUGCCUGAGAACUAGUUGGGGGUCCCACUCACGUCCUGUUAUCAGGUCUGUGUUCCCCAAGAAGAGACGAUUCGAGCCCUCGGUGGGUGGAGCUGGGGAUUCGAGCAGACCAGCCUGGCACCUGGUCUGCCCUGGAACACUACAGGCUGUGGGGACACUGGGGGGAGGAGGACUGGAGUGGGGCCAGCUCAGGGCGCACUGGGGUUUCGUUUAGUGUGCUUGGUGUUGAAGCGGAAUCGUUUCAUUCUGGGGCACACUGUGCCACCAGCAGGGUGUGUGCGGGAAGAGGGCGGGGUAGGGAACUGAAGCACUGUGUCCUGCUGGUGUCCGCAGGGGCCAUCCUUCAUGCUCCCCAGGCCAGGAGAUCCCAGAGGAGCCACAUGCACAGAGGCCACCAGAGUCACAACACCUGCCUGUCUCACCCCACCCCCCUCCUGUGGCCUUGCCCACCCUUUCUGAGAAAUGGCCUCCCCUCAGCUUCCUGGCCUUUCCACUGGCCCCUGGGAGAACCCUUCCCACGCCCCAGUACACACAGCAACCUGCUAAGGCUGCUACAGACCUUGGCUGCCCCCUACCCCUGGUGGCCGGGCUGUGGCCGCUGCAGUGGAGAAGCCUGACACUACGGUGCCCAGGGUGCAGGGUGUGGGGUGGAGGGCCCGCCCACCACACUGACCUCUGGGUCUCUGCACUUUAAGAAGUAGCACCUGGGUGUGUUUGAGGAUGCCCUGGUCACCUCAGCUGGGUGGCCUGACAAAUUAAGAGAUGCCCCGAGGACUGUCCAGGUACCCCUAGCCCCAGACGCUGCCGGCUGGCUGUAGAGAGUGGGGCAGCCCUCGGCUCACGGGCUCCUUCCUCUGGAUAAGCUGGAUCCUUACCGUUCCUAGUUCGCGUACGGCAAAAUAAGGUGCUUGGAAAAACUAAAUUAUCCCUGCAAGUUUUACCCUCCUUUUCAGGAACCCAAGUCAAAAAACACACCCGAGGUACAUGACCGUUUUAUGUAAACGUUGGGUGACGAGCGUUUCUCUGGUGGAGCUGUGCUUGAUGGUUUAGGUCAGGGUGGGCUGCAGGGUGACGUUCUUGUUCAGUUUUGACAGAGGUUGGCAGACCCCCAGGCAGGAGAGGAAGUCGGUCCACUGAAUUAAUUUGUCCCUCGUUCUCACCUGCUUCGAGGCACUGCGUUUGAGUUGAAAGGGUGCCAUGGGGGUGACCUGGGGCCACUGUCCUGGUGCGAACUGAAAUAGCAGUAUCCCAGUUCCCUCCCGCUGCCCAGGCUGCACUGCCACCCCCUCGGUGCUGGCGCCCUGGCCACAGCCCCACCCCGCUUGCAGCCUGGGCUCUGCACCAGGAGCUCAGAAGCCCCCAACAGGCCUGCCUGCCCACGGCACCCCACCCUGAGAUGCAGCGUGUACGCGGCAGGGGGUUCUGGGCGUGUGGGGAGGAGCAGCAGUGCUCGGCGUCCUCCCCAGAUAGAGGUUGCCUCCGGUCCCGCAGCGCACCCUGGCGGCCAGCUGGAGCAGCCAUGGGCCCCCCUCACCUUCCCGUGUCCUGCCAAGGUUUUCGAGGUGCAGGCGGGGGGACCAGCAGCUCCCGUCCAGCCAGAGCUGCAGUGGGCAGGCGGCUUCGGGGUUCCUCUCGUUUCUGCUGCUUCCUCACGGACUCCGCUGCUGCUUUCAGCUGGCCCAGGCUAGGGGACGUGUCUUGGUCAUUCUGAGUUGGCAUCACCACUGGUAGUGCUGGGCCCCAGGUGUCCGCUUCCACUCGGGGGUCGGCGUUCAGACGAAGUGGGCGCUUGGGUGGAGGGCCACGAGAGCUGGGGCUCGCGUGGGACGCUUCCUUAAACACAUGCUCCCCACGGCUCGAAGCUAAGAGCGGAGCGAGCACGAGCCGGCCUUGGCCAGGGGGCCGGCAGGGCGUGGCGGGCAGGGCUCUCCCCGUCUGGUGGUCUGUCUGGGUCCACGAGAGAGUAGGUGCCACGACAGCCAUUGGCUGUAAGCUGAAGGCCAGUCCUGCCCUGUGGCACUGGUGCCGUGGAGGGCAGGGGCUGGGGUGGCUCGCAGGGUCGCCCUGAACCCCUGGCCGUGUCGGGCGUCACAGCAUCCUGACGUGAGGGGCACGGAGAGAACUGGGCGGCACGGUCUCUGUGAGCCCCACCCCCGCUGCCGCCGUGGUUCCUCCUGUGUGGCAGGAAGUCUGCCGCCGGGUGAUUCUUCCAGAGCAGGCGAAGUGAGCCCUGGUGGCCAUGGUGGUUCCUCGCAGCAGCGCGCUGCCCAGAGGGCUCAGGAGCGUGCGCCUUCCCCGUCCGUGUUCCUGGCGCGUGGGGGGUGAACAAGGGUGCCCCAGCCUCGGCCCUGAGAUUUGAAAACGAGCUGCAGCGUUAGUGAUCUGAAGUCGCCUCCCGCACCCCAUCCCUCCCGUGAGAAUACUGCUUUGAGGGGUCUGCUAGAGCAGGGGUCCCCAACCCCCAAACUGUGGACCGGUACCGGUCUGUGUCCUGGUAGGAACUGGGCCGCCCAGCAGGAGGGGAGCGGCGGACGGGCGAGCGAGUCGUCGUCCGUGUCCGCAGCUGCAUCCCAGCGCCAGCAUCGCCGCCUCAGCUCCCUCCCAUCAGCGAGCAUUGGAUUCUCAUGCAAGCACUGGUCCCUGAUGCCACAAAGGUGAGGACCACUGCACUAGAAAAAGAAGUGGGCAGUGGCCGGGAAGUGUCGGCCCCCAGCCGCCGAGGGCUCUGGUCAGCCGGCCACUGCGUUUCCCAGGGGAAGCAGUGCCAGGACUUGGGCGAGUUGCUGGGGACCAGCUUCCUGUGCUCCACCUUCCUCGUGGGUCAUGGGUGUAGCAUGCCCUGGGGCACGGGAACGGGCCUGAAGGGCAAAGCCUUUGCCUCGCCUCCGGAGACAGGCACAGCGCUCAUUCUGCAGACGGGGCCGUCACCCUCACUCCUAUCGCUUGGCAGGUUCAAGCCACUCUUUUGCACUUAGGUGGAAGGACAGACUGAGUCACGUGUGCCAGAAACCUAAGUCCGGUCUGGGACUGUGCUGGGGACGGCAGCAGGGAGGGCGUGGUGUGCAGGGAAAGGCCGUUCUCUCCCAAGGUCUGGGCGUCCCCCGGGCUGUGCCUGUGUCGCUGUCUUAGAUGGGAAGGACCCUUCCCUCGGGGAGCCGCCCACCUGUGGCCCCCCGGGGGUCAGAGGUGGCCACCCCUCUGCUGCCAACGCCGCCAGCCCACACGGCCGUGAGGUCACACUGUCAGUGUCGUGAGACGGGGCAUAAGUUAUUGUUUGCAUAAAAAAGAAUCAUGUUCCCUGUGUACAUUACAAAAAAGGAAAUGUCUGAACCGUAUGGGAAUAAAACUUGUUUGAAAAUUUGGAAUAGUGCUGCUGCCAGCUUAUUUUUCUGGUACUUGUAUUUUCACAUGUUAAAUGAUCUUUAUAUAUGUUGAAUUAACAAAUAUUUUGAGUUUCCUGAGGAAAAAAAAAACAUUAAUGGUAUUGAAAUGUGUUAGUAGUCUGGCCACGUGCCCAAAAUUCUGUUUUGCAGCAAAAGUGGAGAACUGUUUGUGAAGAAAGUUAACAGUUGCUUCUUUGUGUUUUAGGGGCUUAACCAGGACACGCUCUAGGUGGUGGUAGGAAUGUUUGCUUAAUUUCCAGACUCUUUUUCUUUGAACAUGUCGUGGGUACCUUGAGGCUCCAACCUGGCUAGUGCAUGGUCAGCCAUCAACUAAGGCUGAGGCAUCUCUGACCGAGGUGUUCUACGUUUGGUUUUGUUUUUUAAAAUCAUGUAUUUGCUACAAAGUAUUGUACUUGUCUCAAUGGGAAUGGUGUAAAAAACUGAAAAGGCCUUAUGUGAUAUGUAUCAUAGUCAAUAAAUCCGUCUUGUAAAAAACCAA